CUAGUGAUUUGCUUUUUCCUGGAUUGUGCAAUUUGAAAGCUCUAUAUGCUGUCGGCGAGGCCGGUAUUCUGUCUUCUUCCUCGCACCUAGUUAUCAAAUAAUAUAAGUACCCCAAUGGACUUCAUAUCCAUCCAUAACAUAAAAUGAAUGCAUUGAUUUGCAUUCAAAACUUUCAUGAAUGAAUUUCUUCCUCCAAAGAGAGGCAGGAAAUACCCACACACGCCAGCUGCAGUCUGUUUUGGUCACGACACUUCAUAUUCACCAUAAAACACUGUUUCUCUCAAUGAUAUAAGCUUAUUUUUCCUAAAAACAUUCGAAAACAAGUGUCAUUUUCCACAUAAAGCCCCACCCUUCUACAUAAUUCCUCAAAAAGGCCGUGUUUCUUGUCAACAUUUCUUCUUGUAGUUAGUUCCACUACAAGAAUAUAAGUAUCAUCUCUCUUUAUAUUAUACUUACCAUAGGGUAGCUAUCCUAUUCCAUUCUGUCGUUCUCCAUCACUGGAAUCUAGCUAGAGAUAGACUUGAUCAAUACAAAGUUAAAACCAUCCUGGGAAACAAAUGGCAAUGCAGACAACUGCUAUCCAAGAACAUAAAGGCAAUGGGAUAUUUCAUAAAGCUAUGAGCUCAGAGAAGCCUGUUUGGAUCCCUGGACCAGUGAUCAUUGGCGCUGGACCCUCAGGGCUAGCUGUUGCAGCAUGCCUUAAAGAAAGAGGUGUUCCCUUUUUGAUACUAGAGAAAGAGAGAUGUAUAGGUUCUCUGUGGACACUGAAGACAUACAAUCGUCUACAGCUUCACCUCCCAAAGGAAACCUGCAAACUUCCUCACAUGCCAUUCCCUCCUGAAGUCCCAGCAUACCCCACUAAACAACAGUUCAUAAGUUACUUGGAGGCUUAUGCUAAGCAUUUCGCAAUUGAACCCAUGUUUAGACAGGAGGUUCAAUCAGCUAUAUAUGAUGCAAGAAUGGGGUUCUGGCGGGUCCAAUCCAACGAGUCUGAGUUUCUGUGCCGGUGGUUUAUCGUAGCAACUGGAGAGAAUGCAGAACCAGUGUUACCUAAUAUUGAAGGAAUCUCAGAUUUUAAAGGAAGUUUAAUCCACACCAGCAGAUACAAGGACGGAGCUGAUUUUAAAGGACAAAAGGUUUUGGUUGUAGGCUGUGGAAACUCAGGCAUGGAGAUUAGCUUAGAUCUAUGUAAUAAUGAUGCUCAAGUUUCUCUGGCAGUGAGAGAUAAGUUACACAUCUUGCCUAGAGAGGUCCUUGGCAGAUCAACCUUUUCUCUUUCAAUGUGGUUGUUGAAUUGGUUCCCAGUAAAAUUAGUUGACCGGUUCCUCCUCAUCUGCUCACAAUUAAUUCUAGGCGACACACAUAAAAUGGGCAUACGAAGACCCAAAAUGGGACCACUUGAACAAAAAAAUUCUACUGGGAAAACCCCAGUGCUGGAUGUUGGAGCUUUCUCUAAAAUUAAAUCAGGAAAAAUCAAGGUGGUUUGCGGUGUUCAAAGAUUUACAGCCAGCGGCGCAGAGUUUGUGGAUGGACAUGUAGAGAAUUUUGAUUCAGUAAUCUUAGCAACAGGUUAUAGAAGCAAUGUAACAUCAUGGCUCAAGGAGGACAGCUUCUUCAACGAGAAGGACGGUUAUCCAAGAAAUCCAUUCCCCGACAACUGGAAAGGCAAGAAUGGACUUUACAGUGUUGGUUUUACCAGGAGAGGAUUGUUGGGUUCAUCCAUUGAUGCACAAAGAGUAGCAGAAGAUAUUGCAAGACAAUGGAACUGUGAGACAAAGCAUUUGCGAAUCGAGUCAUGACCAGAACUUAUAUAUGCGGUUUAUUUAUUCAGAGUUUAACGUGCUGUUUAGGGUUUAUGUCGAGUAUCAACAGCACAGGAAAAAUGUGUUCUCAGUGCUAGAGGAGUGCAAUUACUGGGAAGUGUCUGAGAAGUUCGGAUUUCUUGUUUGAUUGUUUUCUACAUGAUGUGAUGUAGUCCUUGGUCACAAUUUAGAGUUGUUUGUUAAGCUUCCAUUCCUAACAUCUGCUAUCACAUCACAUAGAGCUUGACCCUACCAUAUAGAUUAAGAUUUUUCUUCAAGAAAAGUGGAUAUCAUAUGAAUGCACAAUGACUAUCAUAAUGUUCUUCUCCUUUCAAUAUUCCCCUGCUUCCUAUCCUGAUGGUUAUAAGAAAAUUAAUGUUUUUAUGAA